CGCUCGACUGGCGCACGUCUCUCUCUCUCUGCCCGGGGCUCUCUCUCGGUCUCCCUCCCUCCCUCCCUCCCUCGCUCUGAGUGUCUGUCUAUGUGGUAUCGUGUGCAUUGCGCUUGCUCCAUUGGCUGUUCUGUGGUCUCGACCUUCUGCGCUGAUCCUGCUUCCUCCACCUUCUCCCAUCAUCAUCGACUCAAAUGGAAUGAAUGUCAGGAGAGAGGAUGUAAAGAAGUAGAUAGGAGACACGGAGGGAGGGAGGAGGGAGGGAGAGAGAUAGAGAGAGAGAGAGAGAGAGGAGAGUGGGGGAUCAGUGAUCAGAGGGGAGUGAGGGGGAGAGCUACGGUACAUAAUUCAGGUGGGGCGGGAGGGAAAGGGAAAGGGAAGGGAGGUUAGGAAGGGGAAGAGAAUUAUGGUCUGAACGAGAGGAAAACGAAACGAGACGAGACACGGAGGGAACCAGGAAGUUGGUCCGAGGUCCGUAUGAACUGGGACGAGUAAUUGGUGUGCGGAGGAGGGGAAAUUGUGGAGUAGGACGAGCAGGAGAAGCACGACGACGACGCGCGGUGCGAACCGUGGCAGGGAGUUUCGACGGAUCUGCGAAGAUAGGGGAAGGACUGGGGAAUUGGGCGCAGGUUGGGGGCGGGGAGGGGAGGGGGCGGGAGGGUAGACAGAAUUGAGUCCGAAGAAAGGGAGAAACGGUGGAGGUGGCACGGAUUGCAGGAGGAGCGGGAGGAGCAGUACCGGAGUUCCGCGGUGUGGCCUUGGGGAAUAUGUCUGGUUUAACUCUGGAUCUACGCCCCGGCUCUGGUUUGGGCUCGUUCAUUCUGGGAAUGCCUGUCUGCGAGGCCCUAAAUCAAGUGGAGCAACAUCGGUCUGUCUUCGAUGUAGUGCAGAUCAAGUACAACGAUGAGGAACCUCUGCGUUAUGAUCUUGUUAUAAGCUUUCCCGAGCAUGGCUUCCACUUGCGGUUCGAACCGCGCUCUCAGAGAUUGCGCCUUAUUGAGGUUUUCGACGUACAGCGGUUGCAAAUGCGCUAUGCGACUUCAUCAAUUGGGGGCCCAAGUAUCGCUGCUACCUUUGUAGCUGUUUAUGCUCUUUUCGGGCCAACCUUUCCUGGCGUGUAUGACAAACAGCGCUCAACAUAUUCCCUUUUCUAUCCGGGUCUAUCAUUCUCAUUCCCAAUUCCUGCUCAGUAUUCAGAAUACUGUCAAGACCGCCAAGCGGAACUACCAUUGGAGUUUCCAGAUGGCACUACUCCAGUAAUGUCUCGCGUUUGUAUCUUCGUUGGCAAACUCGGAAAUGUUGGAGUUGGGGUUGGGGGCCAGCUGAAAAAGGCUGUGCUUCCUCAGUUGGCCUCAAGCAGUUCGUACAUGGAAGAAGUGCAUGUACAACUAGCGAAGGGCCUGACUUUUCCUUCUGCUGAGCCGGAGAAUGAACGGAAAUUAUUUUUCGGAUCAUCACCACAGGAUGCAUGGCUCGUACUAGGUCGACCAGAUGGCUGGCACAAAAAACAGGUUGAUCCGAUGUUGAUUCAUUCUGCAUCCGACCCAAGACCAAGAACAGCGCUGUGUGAAGACUAUUUUUACAAUUACUACAAUCGUGGUCUUGAUAUACUGUUUGACGGUCAGCAUCAUCGGAUCAAGAAGUUCAUUCUACACACAAACUUUCCUGGCCACACGGACUUCAAUGUUUACAUAAAGUGCAAUUUUUUCAUUCAUUGCUCAAAAGAGGGUGAGAGGACUGACGCGAGUUCCGAACCUAAUGGAAAUGCUAUUGGUGACCCUUGCAUUACUGCCACCACCAAGUGGUCAGAGGUACAGGAGAUACUUGGAGAAGGUGGUCGUGCAGCCAUCCAAACUCAGGGUUCUGUGAGCAACCCAUUUGGGCCAACUUAUGUUUAUGGUUAUAGAAAUAUUGCCCUUGAGGUUAUGAAAAACGGGCACAUAGCAACGGUCACUCUUUUUCAGACCAAUUUUAGAUAGCUGUACAAUGGCUGUAAGUUGUUCUACGAUGGAAGCUUUGUAAAUUUGUAGAUGUACAUAGAGGACUAGUUCAGGUGUUUAGGUUGUGCAUAACCCUGGACUAAGGUGGCGUUCGCUCAAAGCACUGUGGUAUCAACACGCAAGUAAGUUGCAACUUGGUGAGUGCUCCUCUGCUUUUCUGAAGAUCGCACAGUGAAGAGGAGGAUGCGCUCCACAGGACAGACACAGUAUUGGGCUUCUGGUCAAAAAUUACUCAGCCAGAACUGUUGUUCUUGUGCAAAAAUAGUGUUGUACAAUAUGAGAGGUUGAGUGUUAGGAUUGACUUCAAAUUGCAGAAAACAGCUAAGGUGAGCUCGUUCUUACUCUAAUUUGACAUUUAUAUUUCAAAGAAGACCAAGGGUACUCGAUUUCUCCCUUACUUCUCUUGAGUUGUAAUAAAAACCUGAGGUGUGCUGCAAUGCACUUGGCUCGGUUCCACCUCGGGAAAGCAUCUGUAAACAUUAUGUGUAUUUGAAG